AUGGGUGCAACGAUGCGACGCAACAAAGACCGCCUUUACGUGGGCCUCUACGUCCGGCGAGGUGCUCUCAGAAUGGCAGGUGGUGAAAACAGAUAUCACUGGGCUCUGUUACGCGGGCCCAAAGUGGAGGACGAGGACACGCUGCUCACAAAGUACCAUGCCACCGAGAGCCCUGGUAGCAGUGAGAGCGGCGGCAGUGAGAGCGGCGGCAGUGACAGCAGCGCCAGCAGUCCCACCGAGUUGUCGUCGGCUACGUCGUCGUCUUCGGCAUCUUGGACGUACGCCGAGCAGACGAUGCCCACCUAUGACCUCAUGCUGCUAGCACGCGUGCUCAUUGGCAAGGUCCGGAACCCAUCCCGCCUCGAGACCAUUCUUCGCGGCGUCCCCGUCCCCCUUGCGGCUCUGACGGACAAGGACAGGCUCAACCAACCGCCUGGCUGGAACUGCGUCGGCUGGGUGCAGUCCGCCCUCGAAGCGCUCGCAGCCGAUGCAGGCGGCGCCAUGGGCAAGUCAUCAAAUCUCGACUGGACGGCCGUGCGCGACGCAUCUAUGGAGUACGUCGAGCAGAAGGCGACGGAGCAUCGCUAUGACGGUCUGGCCCCGGUCGGUCAAUUCGACUUGGCGAAGCCGGCGACCUUUGACCUAGUGCUGGGCCAAGAAGUUGCACCGUGA